AUGGAUAUACAGACAUGUGCACUGACAUAUCGAUUAAUCACCAGAAAAAUCAUGAAAUCCAUUAUUGAUAAAGCACUUAAGCCGGACUACAGCGACUCAUUUUUUUCAUUUGAUUAUUUUCUAAAGACAGAACUUCGAUUUAACCUUGAUCCAAAUCGACCAGUAUGUCGUUUUUAUAUACAAGUGGUAAAAGGUCAUUGUCCUCUUGGAAAUGCAUGUCCUGAUAAGCAUUUUUUUUCAAAAGAUGGAACUAGUGGACGAUCAAAUAGUAUUGUCUGUAAACACUGGCUUCGAGGGCUUUGUAAAAAAGGUGACCAAUGUGAGUUUUUGCACGAGUAUAAUCUUAAAAAAAUGCCGGAGUGUCGUUUCUUUGCAAAACAUGGAUUUUGUAGUAAUGGAGAGGAGUGUUUGUAUCUUCAUAUUGAUCCAGAUUCAAAAGUUGGUUCUUGUCCUUGGUAUAUAAUGGGAUUUUGUCCAUUAGGGCCAAAAUGUUCACAAAAACAUAUUAGGAAAACUCUUUGUAAAUUGUAUUUAACUGGAUUUUGUCCAAAAGGACCUGAAUGCUCAAAUACUCAUCCUAAAUAUGCAUUUCCUCCUCAACCACUCAAUUCUAAAGGAUCAUCUGAUUCUGUUACUAAAGAGGACACUGAAGAUCGUCCUUAUCAAAAUGAAAAUUCAAAAGAGCGUGGAGAAAGAACUUAUCGGGAUUUAUCACAAGUUGAAUGUUUUAAAUGUGGACAAAUGGGUCAUUAUGCGAAUCAUUGCCAUCAACCAAAAACAUAUAAUAAUACAGUUGCUUAA